AUGCAGCUGCCAGGGAGAUUUGUGCAAUGGAUUAUGAGCUGUGUUACAACAGUCUCAUACUCCAUUAUGAUUAAUGGGCAGCCUACAAAGCCAUUUCCAGCUAAGAAAGGGUUGAGACAGGGAGAUCCCCUAUCUCCAUACCUAUUUAUGCUGGUUAUGGAGUAUUUGACAAGACUUUUGAAGACAGUUAAAAAGGAUCCUAAUUUCAACUAUCACCCUAAAUGUGGCAAAUGGAUCAUAGUGCAAUUAAGCUUUGCUGAUGAUCUAUUACUAUUCUGUAGAGGUGAUGAUAUAUCUGUUCAGUUACUACUUCAGUGCUUUCAGCAAUUCUCUAAGGCUUUAGGGCUAGUGGCAAAUGCUGAUAAAAGAAGAAUUCAGCUAAUCAAGAGUGUGCUAUUCUCUAUCCAAGUAUACUGGUCUCAGGUGUUUGUGUUGCCAAAAAAACUCAUCCAACUUAUUGAAAGAGUAUACAAAACAUUCCUAUGGACCGGGGGUGUAGAAGUGUCAAGGAAAGCUCUUUUGUUAUGGGACAGUUUGUGCAAACCUAAAGCAACUGGUAGUUUAAAUCUACUGGCUAUAGGGGAAUGGAAUAAGGCAGUCAUAUGUAAACUUCUUUGGAACCUAUGCAAGAAGAAAGAUAGGUUAUGGGUGCAAUUGAUACAUGUCUAUUAUCAGAAACAGAAUGCAUUAUGGAGUAUUGUAUCAAAACAAGCCUCUUUGAAAGUACAGAAGAUACUUAAAGCCAAACAAUACUUUGAGGAAGCUGGUUAUACAGAGGUGGAUAUAGAGGGAAUAAGCAGCUUCUCUAUUAAGAUCUUCCUAGCUGCACAUAGAAGAUUGAUGACUAAAGACAGGUUGAAGGGUUUGGGCUAUGUGGAGGAUGUAACAUGUUCUCUAUGUAACAGUGAAAAGGAGACAAUGGAUCAUUUGUUCUUUAAAUGUACCUAUUCAUCGAGAGUAUGGACACUAAUGCUACAAUGGCAAGGGAUCCAGAGACAACUAAUGAUGUGGGCAAAUGAACUUGAGUGGGCAGGGAAGUACUAUAAAGGGAGGAGCAUAACAACUGAGUUGUACAAACUUGUACUGGCAGGCACACUGUAUUACAUAUGGCAAGAGAGGAAUGGCAGGAUCUUCAAAGGAAUGCAACGACUAGAAGGUACUCUAAGCAGAGCAAUAAUGCAGGAUGUACAUGGGCGAGGAGAAAGUAAACACAUGCUACAAAGAAGGCUACGGGAACUCAACUACUAUCCUAGUAUGUAA